CAAAUAGCCCUAGUAUUCUUAUAUCAUCCCCCACAUCUCUAAUAUUCCUACUCCUCCUACUCCACUCUCAUUCUCAUCUUUGCUUUCUUGUAGAACUUUUUUGCACAGAAUUAAAAUGGCGGAUUUGAUUACACCGGAUAUUGAAACUGUCCAAGAAUCAACGUCUACAUCAAGGCCAGCAGCAAAGGGCGAUGAUACGCCGGAUGUCCAGAGCACAGAAACGAAGAUGGAGAUGAUGAAGCAGCAGAGCAAGGAGGCUUACAAGGACUAUGAAAAUUUAAGGGAUGAUGAUGAAGAAGAGAAGCCUGGUAAUGUGGAAGUUGUGGGUUGGUACAUGUAUGACUUUUGCACCUACUUCAUUCAUUCAGUUCUCAUACCUAUUGUGUUCCCACUCAUCAUCGCCCAGACCGUGUCAUGGCCACCACAGCCUGUGCAAGGUUGGGACAUGAGCCCCAGGGGCUUGGUUUGUAGGGAGAAGGAAUCAAAAUUGUACCAUGGACUAACACACCGUUCUAUCACGAUUAUCAAUCACAAAUACUCCCCUUUAGUAUGGACAUCAAUUUCCUGGGCUAUAGGGCUAGCUGUUGCUGCUCCCAUACUUGGCUCCAUAUCCUUCAACCUUGACCAUGGCGAUCAACAAAUACUUAUUGCUGCAGCUGCCACUGCCACCGGAGCUAUUUUCUGUCUCCCUGCCGGAUUCUUUAAGACCGUGUGGAUCUUUCUACCAUAUAUUACAGGCAUUGUAGCAGCACUUUCUGUUGCCACCGCCUGCCACACCCGCCACCUUGGCCUAAUGCUUCGCUGCUUUACUUCACCAACCCAUCAACAACAACAACGCCGAAUCCCCAUUAGAACUGCAGUUUCUGGUUGGUUCUCUCUUUAUGCUACUGUUGCUGGCUCGGUGGGCUCUGCUAUCAUCUCAGCAUUCACUUACUAUAUGCUUCGAGAGCCAGCAGAUCAAGAGUUCAUAAGCCUUUGGAUUGUCUCAAUCUUCAGUGGCCUUAUAUGGUUCGGUGGUAUAGCUCAUGUGUUCACACCUAAGAAUUAUAGAACCUCUCCGACUCCAACCAAUACUGCAGCAUCCAUAUCAAAACCCCAUUAUGCCUUUUACAUAUUCCAUUACCCUCGUGCAAUUGGAAGCCUUGUUGGGGUUUUUCUUUCUUCAUUCACCACAAUGUCCAUUUUCAUAGGAGGGGUGCUUUUCCUUGUAGGCCAAAUGUGUCUCAAGCCAGUGCAUUUGCUUUAUUUUUGGUUGGUUUAUUUCAUGUUUCCUUUGUUUUCUCUGCCAUUAUUGCAACCAUUGCAGCAUCUUCUCAUGGCAGACGCAGCGAAAAUGCAACUGCUCGGUUUCCUUUUAUCCACAGCAACUUCAGGAGCAGGAUUCUAUUUCCAAGAUAGGAAUUGGAAGAUUUCGACGGUCUUAUUUUUUGCCGCUGUUCAAAGCACAUCGACCGGGCUUUUUCAUGCUUUCGGACGGGUUUUACUACUAGAUUGUUCACCUCCCGGGAAUGAAGGUGCAUUCUCUAUAUGGUUCUCAUGGAUAAAAGCUUUUGGCACUUUUGCAGGCUUUGCAGUAUCAUCAUCAAUCCCUGGAAAGAUUGGCACUGCUUUUGGAAUUGCAUUUUGCACCGCUGUUGCCGGAAUAGUUAUGUUCAUUUUUGGGAAUUUCAAUGAUUAUGGUGGAGCUGAAGCUGCAUGUGCAGGACAUGUGAAAGGUGGUAGCAAGAAGGGAUCACCAGUAUUGAAUGGUCAGAAUACAGGGGCUGAGACAAAGGAACGUGUGCUUAUGGAAACACCAUAGCAAUUGAUUUGAAGUAUUUUAUUUUAUUCAGUAUAAUUAUGAUCACAAACAGAGAACAAUUGUUAUUUACGUGUUUCGUGUGUUAACAUCUAUUAAUAAUAUAAUCAAGGCCAACCCGCCUUGUACUUGGUAUGUGUUA